GUUAUUGAAUUAAUUUGCAGGAGGAAGUUGGCAGGAGACUACGAAGCCCUGAAUGAGCGCCUCAAAACUCUACCUGAUCAGCUGUCCUACGACAUCAUGGUGCCAUUUGGCCCUUUGGCCUUCAUGCCUGGGAAGCUGGUGCACACCAACGAGGUCACGGUGCUGCUGGGCGACAACUGGUUCUCUAAGUGCUCUGCCAAGCAGGCUCAGAAAAUCAUCGAUCACAGGAUGAAGUAUGUGAAGAAAGAAUUAGAUGAUCUAGCCGUGACAGUGAAAAACUUUGAAGCACGAGUUGGGUUUGCAAAGGAUUUGGAAUCCAUGUCAGCUAGUAAAGGGGACUACGUCGAUAUCAAAGAGGAGGUUGGAAACAAUGACUCUGUUGUCAACAAAGGAAAGCAAAGAAUAGCUCAUAAACCAAAUUCUAAGCCCAAGAUGGAUGUGGUAUUUGAUCUGAAAGUAGAGGAUGAAGAAAAUAAAGAAAAGAGCCUAGACAUAGGAAACAGAAAAAGCGUCAUGACUGAAGACGAGCUGUGGGCUCGUUUGGAUGAACUGGAAAAACUGGAAGAGCUCCAAGAUGAGCAGGAUAGAUUCUCAGAUAAUGCAGACAUGAAUGGAGAGGACACGUCCUCCUCUUCCUCAGAAGAGGAGAAGGAGGCAGAUGCUGAGUCUCCCGUGAACGGCCUGAGUUUGAAGCCCAGCUGGACUUCUGUGUCCCACAGUAAACUGCCAGUCACAGACACAAAAGAGGAAAAGAACAACAACGAUGAGGAGGAGGAGGAGGAAGGGAACACUUUGCCAACUAUCUUUUUUUCUCACACAGUAGAACCCAAGAAGGUUUUUGUGAGGAUAAACACAGGAAAGAACACCAUGUUAAAGUUUAGCGAGAGGAAAGAACAGAAGGAACAUUCGAAGAGAAAAAAGAAAAACGGCCACAGCAAUGGACACUCUCACCACGAGCUUCACAAAAUCAGCUCUCCGGCCGACAUUUACAGGUUGUUUGUGGACGUGAAGAACGGGGAGCCCGUCCCCAGGAAGUCCAUCCUGAAGUCGCGCAGCCGAGAGAACAGCGUGUGCAGCGACACCAGCGAGAGCAGCGCCGCCGACUUCGAGGAGCGGCGGGUGAUCGGGCGCAGCUUCAGCCACGACGAGGCCACGCACAGCGACACCAGCGACGGCAUCACGGAGGAGGACAGCCCCACCGCUGUGCCGCUGCACACCAGCCGAUUCGAAGUCAAAGAAAAGAUAGCGAAAAGCGAGGAGCCACCUUACGUUACCAGCGCUGUUUUUUUUUCUUCUCACAUUUAUUUCCUAUCCUUUCCUCUCCCGCAGGCUUUUUCAGGCACAGUGGUAGAAAAGGACCCCAUGCCAUCAGCUGUUCCCCAUCUGACCAUCGUUCCACCAGCGCUGCCAACCAUUCUCGAGAGGAAACAGGAGGAGGUAGCACCAGAUGUUGCCCCGCAUCAACAGGUGCCAAAAAAGGUGUCGAAGUUCAAAGCUGCCAGGCUGCAGCAAAUGUGA